AGACGAAUGCCAACGAGCUUCCUUACCCUCAAACCCUUUGCCACGAGACCAGGGGGCCGCCCAGAAAACAAGAUACGAAAGUACGCCAUCUCCGCGAGACAACAGGCAAACAAGGAAAGAAAAAGCGAUACGCCUUUUCGUUUGUUUAUUCGUGUCUACCUCGUAGCCACUAGUUGAAGCUUUGCGGCGGAACGCCGGGAUUAUAACAGCAGUGUCAGCGAGACCACAUUUCCUCGUCAUGUCUGGGUGCGACUCGCAGACGCUCGCACUGAGCUGCUGCGGCUCGCGAAUUCCUGUGCGCCGCCCCCGUUCACUGCCAGGUAGACGACAAGCGAGACGGCCACAGUGUUAUUCGGCAAGGGUACGCAACGGAACCAGCGGCAGUUAGAUAAAACAACACCAGUUUUGUGCAUCGACUUCUUUUGUAGAGCCGUACGUGCCUUACGUGUCCCCCCCUUCUGUAGCGCUCCCAGCCGAAGACACUCCUACAGCGCGGUGCCUAACCAAGUAUUUCUACUCGUCGAAGCGUAGGAUUUGAGGCCGGUUGACAAGUUUCUUGUGGAUCUGUGGCACCAUACGUCUACCAUCUUCUACGAGCGGGCCGUCAAAGAAGGCAUUUGCGGCGAAUUGGCAACAACGCCUGUCACUCUGAGUUGUAAUCCCAAGCCCUGAAGAUUGUCUUCUUGAAAAGAACACUAGGCUUCAUAUCGUACUCACGUGCCUUUGAGGUGCCUUCAAACAACUGGUAUUGUAACUGAUGCGCUGGAACUCGAUGUCACGGUAAAAUCGAAAAGCCCCUUGUGAGUGACUUCGUUAAGACUGCUGCUUUAUUUGAGUGGCCUCGACAUCAGAACCGUCAAAGUUCGAUGUUCCCGGGACCAGAACACUAGGCCUGUUGUCAGGUCAGGAGAUGUCUUGCCAGGGAUCUGCGAUGAGGGUCGCCGUAAUCGGAGCCGGAUGCUCGGGCGUCGCCGCCGUCAAGGCGUGCCUCGAAGAGAACCUGGACGUCGUGUGCUUCGAAGCGGCCUCGAACUCCGGAGGUCUGUGGUGGUAUCGCGAUGAAGAGCACGAGGAAGACUUCGACGCCGGCACGGUGAUGCGGUUCACGGUGUGCAACACGAGCAAGGAAAUGUGCGUCUACAGCGACUUCCCGCCCGACAAGGACUGGCCGGUCUUCCUGAGCCACAAGAAGAUGCUCCAGUACAUCCGCGAAUACGCGGACCACUUCAGGGUGACGCCUCGGAUCCGUUUCAGGCACAAGGUCGUCGACCUGGGAGAGGACCUAACGUUGAGGGUGCGCAACUUGGAGACGGGCGAGGAGUUCGAGGAGAGCUUCGACCGGGUGAUGAUCUGCUCGGGACACCACGCGAUUCCAUCGGUGCCGGUGAUUCCUGGAAGGGCCAAGUUCAAGGGACGGGUGAUGCACUCGAGAGAAUACAAAUACACCGACGAGAGCAUUCGUGGGAAGAGGGUGGUGGUAGUCGGGUUCGGAAACUCGGCAGUCGACAUCGCCGUUGACAUGGCCGACGUUGCUGAACAGGUUUUUCUCAGCAUACGAAGAGCCAAUUGGGUCGUGCCACGUCACUUUGGCGGCGUCCCCAUCGACGUGGCCUUCUCGAAACAGCUGUUCAUGUUCCUGUACGACUACAUACCGACAAGAGUGAGUUCGUGGUACAUGCAGUACGUCGCGAACUCCGCCUUCGACCACAAGGCACUGGGCCUGGAGCCCCAGCACCAGUUGCUGGCUCAAUACGCGGUCAUCAACAGUGCUCUGCCUGAGAAAAUUCUGAACGGACAAGUAAAGUUCCGGGGCGAGAUAGAAGCCUUCACGGAGCUAGGAGUCAUCAUGGACAACGUGGAGGAGCCCGUGGACUUGGUGAUCUUCGCCACUGGCUACAAGAACGACGUACCCUUCGCCUCCAGCGUGCUACGUAAAGACGGAAACUUUCCCUUGCUGUACCACCGGAUAUUCCCGCCCGAACACCCUCGAGUCGCCUUCAUCGGUUUCGUCGACGUGAACGCGUGCAUGCUGAUGAUCUCCGAGAUGCAGUCCCGCUACGUCGUACAGGUCUUCAGAGACAAGCUCACGCUGCCUUCGUCGAACACGAUGCUCGCCGAAGUCGUGAUGAAGAUGGAGGACGCCCGCAGGUUCUUCGUGCCUUCUCCGCGCCACGCGAUGAUGGUCGACCAGGCGUCCUACAUCGGCGAUCUGGCGACCAUGAUAGGCGUCAGGCCCAACUUUCGUCGCAUGCUCUUCACGGACCCGUGGCUGUUUUACGCUGCUGUCCGGGCUCCCGCGCUCAACUACAGGUACCGCCUCGAAGGUCCUCACGCCUGGUCCGGAGCGCGGGACGCCAUAUUGGGCUACCAGUCUCGGAUGAAAGCGCCGCUCAAGCCUCCCAUGAGACUGCCUCGCUCUGAGCGGAAGCAAGAGGAAAUCACCCUCCUUACGGUCGUCCUUCUCGUGGUUUUUCUCUGUCUGGCCGUCAUGCUCACUUCGGAGUUCCCGCUGUUUAGCGCGGUCAUCUGGUGUGUAGGCGCGAUAUUGUUUUAGGUAAACGAACUGAUGGCGGUUACAGGAAGGCCGGAAGAC